UUAAAAGAAAUUGUUAUUCCACUUUCGAUUUUCAAUCAUUUUUAUAAAACACUAAGUCAUUACACUUUCAUUCCGCUCGGUUGAGUUGCAAUUCCAUCUAAAGCCACACCCUCUAAAUCACCGUCACAUCUUUAUAACUUCUCUUCUUUAAAGUUGAAAAAGAAGAAAAAAAAAUGCAAAGAAGAAUCUAGUCCAAAACAUUUCGAAUUUUACGAUGUAAAGUUUUCACUUCUUCCCGGAAUGGCGGAGAAAAGACAGAGAGAAAAUUUUUUAUUUUUACAAGAAGAUUUUUUUUUAAUAAAUUUACUUUUGAAACUUUAUUGAGUUUUAAAAGAUUCCUUUAUUGCUUUUUCCGUAUAUUGAUUGAUUCAAGAAUUCCUCGAUUGUGUUGAUGAAAAGAAAUUAAAAAAAUAAAUCUUUACGAUGAUAGUAGGGAGAGAAGAACUUUUUUUUCGAGAAGAAGUUAUAAAUGUGUGCUAGGAUCCGAUGCCAUCCGCAGUUUGUGAAAGUUGCUUUGGGUUCGUUUGUGAGGUUGUUCUUCGACUUGAACUUGAACUUCGAGAGAUGGUUGCAACUAGAAAGUAUGAAAUCUUGAUUAGUUUGGUUAUUCUUGCCAAAACAACAUUAGGAUUACCAAUAUCUUCUUAUGAUCACGAAUAUGGAACCGAACACGAUUAUCACCCAAAAGAUUAUAGUUUUAGUUACGGUGUAAAAGAUGUCCACACGGGCGAUGUAAAACAUCAAUGGGAAAAGAAAGAUGGGGACACAGUUCGUGGUCAUUAUUCUUUAGUUGAACCCGACGGAUCUGUGAGAGUUGUUGAUUACACAGCAAGUGCAAAACAAGGGUUUAACGCCGUCGUAAAACAUGAAGGAACUUCAUAUCACCCCCAUUCAAAGAAAGCUACAAGCCAUAAACAGUUUCAAAUGACAGAUGGUGACUCGAGUGGUUACCACAUUGAAAAAGCAGCCCCAGCUGGCGAAGAAAAACUCGAAAACGACGAUUACUCAUCAAAAUAUCAAUACGUUUACGUCCCUCAAGACGAAGCCCAUGAAAUCAAAUACGCGGAAAACGAUAAUUUGUAUGAAAAUUUUAAAGAUUUUGAGGGUGAUGGAAACACUAAGGUUUAUGCAACACAAAAAAUUAAAGAAGAAAAAAGUCAAGUUAAACUUCCAGUUGAUAUAAGUAUCGUUAAACCAACUGAAAAUAUCGAAAUGGUUGAUGUUGCUGUUGUUAAACCGGUUGAAAUUGAUGUAUCUGAUGCUUAUAAUCAAGAGAACCAUCAAAACAAUAACAAACAAGUUAAAGAUGAAGAUUUAACUGAAGAGGAUUAUCAAAAAUUUCUAAAAGAAUACUAUCAAAGCGAAAAUGUUAAUGAAUCGCAACAAUUUAAUGAAGAUGAGUAUCAAAAAUUUUUAACUGAUUACUAUAAAAAUCCACCACAAGAACAAAACCAACAAAAACCAGUUCAAAAUAAUCAAAAUCAACACAAUCUUGUAACCGGAUUUCAACCUAUGCCUACAAAAGGAUCGAUACCCAACACGUUUAGAACAAAUAAAAGACCGGUAUCCACACCGGGUUUAAGGAAUUAUUCUUCAAGUUAUUAUAGAGGAUCUAUUAAAAAUGUUGGGCCAAUUUUAUUCCCCAACGGAAAUAGAAACGGUAAUGAUUUAAAAAGAAAUAGCGGAAGAUCAAGUAAAAGAGUUGUUGGGAGAAGUUAAAGGGUUUUUUUGGAGGGUUUAAUUUAUUAAUUUUUCGCCAUUAUUAAUACAGGAAUUAAAAAAAUUAAAUGAUUUAGCCUUGUUUAUAGAUAUACAUAUCUGUAAACAUAUAUUAUGGAUUUAGUGUGAGUAUAAUUUGGGUUGCAUAAUUUUGACGUAUUUAAUUUAAAAUUUGAGAU